UCUGCUUCCGCCUCUGUGUGUGAUUGCUUCUGUCUGCUCGCUGUUGUAGCUGUUAGCAUAAGUUGCCUGUGUUAGCUGCUCCGUUAGCUCCGCUGUUAGCUCCUCGUCUCGGUCGGACUCUUUUGAUUUCGACCCUCACGGACCCGGUGGAAACGCUCGGCCUCAUUUUCACCGCAAACACAGACACCGAGCCCCGCAGGAAACAUGUCCACCGCCCUGGAGAGCUACAUCAACCGCACCGUGGCCAUCGUCACCUCAGACGGGAGAAUGAUUGUGGGCACCCUGAAGGGGUUCGAUCAGACCAUCAACCUGAUCCUGGAUGAGAGUCACGAGCGGGUGUUCAGCUCCAGUCAGGGUGUGGAGCAGGUGGUUCUGGGACUUUACAUCGUCCGAGGAGACAACGUCGCUGUGAUCGGAGAGAUCGAUGAAGAGACCGACUCCACUCUGGAUUUAGGAAACAUCAGAGCUGAGCCGCUCAACUCAGUCGUCCACUGACCCCUCGACCUUUGACCCCCUCUUCGACCCCCCCCCUCCCUCCACUCUCACCGAUCCUGGCUGCCAUCUCCACGGCGACAGGAGGAGAGUGACAGCACGACUGACGCAGCCUCUGAAAUCACUCGUUCGUUCACUCGUGCCUGAUGUGAUGUCUGCUGCGUGGUGAGACGUUCAGGGACGAGUCGUGAACAGGAAGUGAUUUCAGCCUCAGCGUCAGUCGUGUGGACGAGCGUCACCGGAGUCUGUUUCACGCUGGAUCAGCUGAGAAUCCGGAACACGGACUGAAAAGUUUAACGCAGCGUCCGUGACGACGACCUCAGUUUGGACUUUUUAUAAAUGAAGACGUGAAAUGUUCGAGUUGUUUGAUGAAAGUUUUUUAUGCUUCAAGUCCUUUUGUCACAUUGUUUUGUUUAUUAAAGUUUCAUGUCUCAUA